AUGUUGCCGGUGUGCCAGGAGUUUGAUCUGGGCAUCAGCAUUCAGGAGCCUCGCUCCGGAAAUGAUGCCGACUCCUUCGUGUCGGCGGUGUCGCGAGAGUCACGCGGUUGCCGACAAGCAGCCUGGGAGGGCUUGCUCGCCUGCAUCCAGGCGAGAAGAUGCUUGCAGAACUGCUAUGUCUUGAAGUACCACUGGCCUUCGGAAAGCUGGCGGCGUAGUCGCUUGCAAACCUGGGUGCCAGAGCUGGAGGGUAUUGUCGGUGCCUUGGAGUCGGCAUUGGGCCUGACGAUGCUGGAAUCACAGGCCGUUCGGGCAGGCUUCCCUGCCGGCCCUGCCGAUGCCGCAUCUACAAAUGUUCCAAAGUUGCCUCAACAACCUACGGACGUGGUGCGCCUGCUCGAUUUGAGGCAUUUGCUUCCACAAGCGAUUGCAAUUUCCGAGGCCAUGGGUGCACUACGCCAACUGGGGACAGCCGUGUCUCUGCAGACGGCUCGGAUCUUAUCUGCUGGGCGAACUGGAUUUCCAGAAGUCGGAUACUUCGAAGACGUGUGGAAUAACUUCAACCCGGAGCGAACCCCGAGCCGAUCCCGAUCAGAGAGAUGUUGUGUAAUGUAA